UGUCACGACACUAUGAAAGAUAGAAAACUAGUGAAUAUCAAUCUGUUGCACAUCUGUCCCUAUUAUGAACGUUGUCCACAAAGUUGUUUUUGUUAUCUACAUGAAGAUAAUACAGUUUUAGUUAAUUGUACUUCAGCAAAUUUACGCACUUUUCCAGUCAUUUUGCCACCCAAAACUUCAGUGGUACACAUGACAAAUAAUUCGAUUUCAGAUUUUCAAAUUCCACAAACAGCAGAAUGGCAAAACAUCACAUAUUUGAAUUUAGAUAAUAAUAAUCUGAAUCCCUGGACGAAUUGGAUAAUACCUUUUGGAUUAGAAAAGCUUUCACUUAGAUAUAACAAACUCGAGUUUAUACCAGAGUCGUUAUUGAGACACGUAACGGCUGCAACCAUCUUCAAAUUAGAUAUACGGAACAACAGUUUCACUUGUAAUUGUUCAUUUCGUUCCUUCAAAUACUGGUUUACUGAUAAUAUAAAGAAGAUCGCAAAGUCUAAAGACGUUCUGUGUAGCAGAAUUAUAAAUAAUAAUAAUACUAAAGUUUUAUCGGUGCUUCAGGAUGUUCCCGUUGAUGCAUUUUGUCCACAAGAAGAUGAAUCGAAGAUGAAAGUUGCUAUCAUUGCAACAACACUUUCUUUCAUCUGUCUAGUUAUAAUUUCGAGUACAGUGUUGUAUUACCGUCAUAAGAAACUAAUAUUAGCAUUCCUAUAUUCGCGUUAUCCCUCAAUAUUUCGUUUCACUGUAUCGAGUAUAGAUGAAGACAAAGAGUACGAUGCAUUUAUUUCGUAUUCGAAUCAUGAUCGCGACUGUGUCUUCUCUCUUAUUUCCGAAUUGGAGGACAAAUAUCCAUUUUUCAAAUUGUGUAUUCACGAAAGGGAUUGGCUUCCCGGUUAUCCUAUCCUCUGCCAGAUUGAAAAUUCGGUCAAAAAUAGCAAGAAAACUAUUUUAAUAAUGUCAGAGGAGUUUCUUAAAAGUUUCUGGUUUGAAACAGAAUUGCAAAUGGCUUAUUUGCAAUCUUUAGAGGAUAGAAUUGAACGAAUUAUCAUUAUUAUUAAAGGAAAUUUGCCACCGAUCGACACGCUUCCAUUAGAUAUUCAAACUUUACUAAAAACCAAAACAUAUUUAAUAUGGGGAGAACGGUGGUUCUGGGAGAAAUUGAGAUACGCAUUACCUCAUUAUCUUCCAACUAAUAUGAGUGAUUCUUCGAGGAAAAUGGUAAAAUCUGUUGACGGGAUGAUCAAUACAUUUGUUUUAUCCAAAACCGAACAAUGAAAUUGUAUACUGUAUUUAACUUUUGACUCUUUUUUUCACAUGAGCACUAAGAGGACACUUCUUCCAAAUCAAUCGCGGUUAGGCCAAGCCCAGAAUGGGACAACUGAAUGACGAAAUAUGGACUUUACACUCAUAAAAAAUUUUUGGGAGUCAUAAAAAAUUCGAUCUAUUGGAUUCCGUAUUCCCGAAUCUCACUUGACAGAAGCGGUAAAAAUAUGGACUAUUUAAAAAUUAAUAAUUUUUAUUAGAAAAAACUUUCUUUUUAAGCAAGUCCGUUAUGAAUUCGGUCAUGCCGAGAAAGGUGUGAUUAGGUGGUGACAUUAUUUGAAAAUCGAAUUCGUUAAUUUUCUAUGGUUUUAAAAAUUCGUAGAAGAUGACUGAACUCAAUUUUCAAAAUUCUGAACCGUACGUUAAUAGAAGACUCAAAGGGGAUUCUAACGAAAAAACACUGUUCGGUAUUAUCGACUUCCAUUUUUGAGAGUUUUUGGAAAGUAAUUUUUCCAAAGAAAAAGCAUUAACUUUUCAAUGCCAUCUGCUGGAGAUGGCAUUCACAACUAAAGAAGUUACAAUCAACUUUUCUGCAAUCAACCUACCACUCUGCUGAACUCGGGAUUGAAUCUAGUCGGUCGAAAAAGUCCAGGAAUUUUUGGGAGAUAGUCUGUCCCGGAUAUGUCGAGCGAACCUUACAUCGCUACCCAUGGGCUUUCAUUGUAGUCUUGGGCGCAUCCAUGUUGGGCCGUCACAAUGCCAGGCUGCAAUUUUUAAUUUAUUUAAUUUAAAAUAUAUAUGCUCUCACCUCAAAUUAGCAGUGGCUUGCCCUUGUACUGUACUGUACAUCUUACUUUUCCUUUAACAAUAGAGUCAUGCCGGUCAUCUAUCUAACAACUUUCGGGGAAAAAUGUUUGAAUUGAAAUAACAGGACUUCUGAUUUGCAUUGGACGUUCGUAUAUAGUUAAUCGGAGCCUCCUGCCCCUAAGCUUUCAAUAUCUCUGAUGAAUACAUGAAAUUAUUUUUAAAAAGGCAAACAUAAAAGUAGACGCUAUGUGACAUGUUGUUUGAGUUUUCGAAUUUUUUAGCUACGAUGGCGGAGUGAUAAAAACAGUCACGAUUCAGCACAUCGGCUCCGUUAUUCUGGGAAAUUCUAUAAUUUAAAAUACCUCCUGCCUAGAACACAUUUUUUUUCUGAUUCGAGGUUCAAAUAAGAGAAUUUUUCUGUACUUUUCGAAACAACCUUUGUACUAUUUUUAUCAUGUAAAUAAAUUUUUAU